ACAUUGAUUGUUUGUUUCAAUUUGAGAAACAAUUUGAGUUCAAUUUCAAUCACUAAUUGAUCAAAGUAAAAGUGUUCAUAUUAUCAGUUUUCAUUGGAAUAGAAAUCAGUUUUCUUUUUCUUUUGAUUGACUUUGAUUUCUAUUGUGUAUCAUGAAGAAUAGAGAUGUAAAGAAGAAAAAGCCUGAUGAGGCUGUUAAUCCAUUCGACGUCCGGAUUAAUCGACAGAAACAUAAGAUUUUAGGUCGGCGUGUUAUGAAAUGGGAGGUUGGAAAACCGCUUCAGUCUCGUCAUGCUGGAAUUAAGAAAAGGAGAGAAACCUUAUUACCAGAAUUUAGGAAUCUUAAUAAAUCUGGCAAAGGUGUGAUAGACCAACGUGGAGGUUUGACAUCGAGAAAAGCUAAAUUGUAUCAGAAUGUAGCAAUUGAUGGUCAAAGGGAAACCAAUCUAACUCACAAAGGGGAACAACUUGACGAUGAAAGGCUUAAUCAGCCAGUUAAAGAUGACGAUGAUGAUGAAGAAUUUGAUUUACUUAGAAGAGGAGAUUAUGUUGAAGUUGCUCAUUUCGGUGGUGGAGAAUCUGGUGCUCCUUUAUCUUCAGAGGAUUUUCUUCAACAAGUUAUGGUGGAUAAAAGACAGAAACAAUUGGAAAAAGAAGAGAAUAUUAAACUUACAGAAGAACUUGACAAGAAUUGGUCAACCAUAAGAAAUUUGAUUAAACAUAAAGGAGCCAAAGAUGAAUCAAAUAUGGGAGAAACUGAGGAUUAUGAUAUUUUCCUAAACCAAUUAAUGUUUGGAAGUGAUGACCAAAAAGCUACUGUUUCCACUGUUAAAUUAACAUGUGAAGGAGUGAAAGAAGCAGAUAAAACACCAAGUCCCAACGUGCUAAUCAUUGAUUAUCUACAGACUAUUAUGACAACAGAUGAUGUAGACAUAAUUUUAAAACAAAUCGACAAUUUAUUGUCAAUAGAAGUGAAAAGACUGAACUCAACUGUGGUUAAAAAAGCCUUUAAUUUACUUAAAGCUCCAGAGAUGCGAAAAUGCUCCUUGAAAUCUCUUGGAAUUUUAAUGUUUUUGUUGACUUUUGUCGAACUGAAGCAACAAGUGCUGUUGAAACUGAUCAAUUUUCUAAGAGUCUUGAAAUAUGAUUCUAUCGACGAGAUUGCUAAACGUUUAUUGGUUUGUGAUGUACUUAAUUCAUCUUUUCCUGAUCAUUUUUUCCCUGAAAUCAUCGCAAGUCUUCAAAACAUCCUCAUACUUUUCGAACCUGUUUAUGCAUCAGUUUUUAUUCCAUCUUUUUCUUUUGAAAAAAUUGCCAGUUCAGAGAUUUUGUGCUGGACCGAGGACAUGGAUUUCGAUUGUCUACCAGAAUUUACAUUUCGAUCUGUUUUCAAAGAUGAAAUCAGUAGUUCCAGUAAAAGAAAGUCCAUCAUUUUCACUGCUGUUAUCAAUCUUAUUGAAAAGAUUUUUGCAAAAUAUUCAAAUCUUGAUGCAUCUCAGGCCAUUUUCUCUAGAAUGAUGCCGAUCCUUGUUAAUCUACAAGAGAAAUUCACAGAACCAAUGUCCCAAAGAUUAUUUGGUUUGAUAGAAAAUCUCAAUAAUAGCAAGCAAUUACACUUCUUAGCAUUUGAGAGGAAAAAACCAGUAAUGUUGAAAAUGCUCGAUCCAAGGAUUGGAGAUUCGCGACGAAGAGAUGACAAGAAGAAAUUGCAAAGAGUAGUUAAACGAGAAUUCAAGAGUGCGGCCAGAGAAUUAAGGAAAGACGGUGCCUUCAUUAGGGAUAUUGUUCUCAAAGAUACAAUCGCCAAGGAUGAGGCACGAAAACGAAAGGUCAAGAAACUGAUGUCCGAAAUUGCUCAAGAAAGAUCAAUGUUCAAAAAAGCAAGAUAAAUCAACUCAAUUCUAUUGAAUCCAAUUUGUUGUUAUCUUCAAUUAAGACCAUGUAAAUAAGGUUUGUAACUUCAACUGCAAAUGGAUCAUUUGUCAUCAAAAUCUAUUAAAAUUCAUCUUGAGUUACAUUUCGUUGUAUUUGUCAAUAAAUUUAUUAAUUGUUUUA